CUGGGGAAGAGUAGUAAGUACUAACUAAGGGCCAGGGCCCGGCCCUCGAGGCUCCCCCUAAGCGGGCGGGGUAGCAGGAAGUAUUAGUUCAGUCAGUCAGGGCCUUUGUCCCAACUCCAACUCCCUGCUCUGCACCAUGAAAGGCCUGGCGACCUGGCUCGCCGUCGCCCUCGCGGCUGGCCUCCCUGGCCUCGUGUCUGGCGAACGGCUGGCUAAGAGGGACAGCUCGUCCACCGUCACCCUCACCGUCAACCCCUCGGGCGGGAACGCGUCCAGCCCGCUGCUGUAUGGCAUCAUGUUCGAGGAUAUGGAUCAUUCAGGCGACGGAGGCAUCCACGGGCAGUUGCUGCAGAACAAUGGCUUUCAGGGAGACAACCCCGGACUCACGGCCUACGAGUCCAUCGGCGAUGUGACCAUCGCGCAGGACAUGGACCACCCGGUCAGCGAUGCCAUCCACUCCUCCCUCCAGGUUGCCGUCAACGCCAACGCGACGGGGUUCGUGGGGUUCGCCAACACCGGCUACGACGGGGUGCCUGUCAUGAAAACCACCUACUUGUGCGAGUUCUGGAUGCUGGGCAACUACUCAGGCAACAUCACCCUGCAGCUGGUCGGAUCGUCCAGCGGGAAGGUCUAUGCCUCGCACAACAUGACUGUCGUCUCGUCCGAGGAAUUCACCAACCACCAGACGACCUUCAACUCGAGCGCCUCCUCGGAUGGCAACAAUGAGUGGCGGCUGUUGUUCGACUCGGCCCUGGUACCCAAUGGCACCUUGAACUUUGGCCUCGUGCAGCUGUUCCCCCCGACGUUCAAUACCAGGUCUAAUGGUCUGCGCGAAGAUGUGGCGACCUUUGUUGACGAUAUCAAACCAUCUUUUCUUCGAUUUCCAGGCGGAAACAAUCUGGAGGGACUUCAGAUCGACACUCGGUGGCAGUGGAACCUGACCAUUGGGCCAGUCGUGGACCGUCCCGGAAGGGAGAGUGACUGGUUUUACCCAAACACGGACGCACUCGGCCUCGAUGAAUACCUCUGGUGGUGCGAAGACAUGAACAUGGAGCCCGUGCUGGCCGUCUGGGACGGCAAGUCGUACGGGGGCAUACUGUCAGGGACGGACCUCCAGCCAUACGUCGACGACAUCUUGAACGAGCUCGAGUAUCUCCUGGGACCGUCCAACUCCACGUACGGAAGUCUCCGCGCGCAGAACGGACGGAAAGACCCAUGGCCAGUGAACUACAUCGAGAUCGGCAACGAGGAUGACUUGACGGGCGGCUGCGACACGUAUCCAGACCGAUUCACGCAAAUCUACGACGCGAUCAACGGCAGCUACCCCAACAUCACCCUCAUCGCCUCCACCAUCACCGAGUCAUGUCUUCCCUCGGACCCCCCAGCGGGUGUGGUCUACGACUACCACUACUACCGCGAGCCCGACGCCCUCGUUGCCAUGUUCAACCUGUGGGAUAACCAGCCGCGGUCGCAGCCCGUGAUGGUCGGGGAAUACGGCUGCCGGAAUACCAGCGCCACCGACGGUGUCUUCUGGUCGUCGAUCCUCUGCAGCUGCAGUGAGGCGGUGCACAUGAUUGGCCUGGAGCGGAACUCGGACGUCGUGCGGAUGGCCGCGUACGCGCCGUUGCUGCAGCACUUCGGCUACACCUCGUGGUCGCCGACCCUGUUCGGCUUCGACUCCAGCCCGGACUCGCUGACCCCGGGGACAUCCUACUACGUGCAGCAGAUGUUCUCCGCCAACCGCGGCACCACGAUCCUCCCUGUCGACACGGAUGCCGACUUUGGGCCCGUGUACUGGGUGGCGUCGAAGAACAACACCGCAUACAUUGUCAAGCUGGCCAACUACGGCGCCGAGAAGAAGACGGUGCAUGUCAACGUCCCGAACACCACGACCGGGGUCCUGGAGAGGCUCUCCGGGUCGGAAUACGCCACCAACCAGCCCCAUGAGAUCAAGGUGCGGCCCAACAGCAAGACGGUGACCAGCUCGCAGGGGAAUUACACCAUCCACAUGGACCCGUGGGGGGUGGCGGUGCUGUCCGUGACGUCUGGUGCGACCGCAUUGCACUUUUCUCUCGGAGCGAUUAUUGCAUGGCAGAUUUGCAUAUUCCUCCCCCAGCUGUUGUGAGCGUGCAUCGUGUACAGUUGUUGAUUUGACUGACUAGCAUGAGAAGAUGCAUGUGGACAGACUUGGAACAUACACGAGUACAGUAG